GCAUGUGCAGACUGCGCAUGCGCAGACUGCGCUGCAUGGCCCCACCGGCCUAAAAUCUACUCGCCACGGGAACUUUUUGCAAAAUGUCAUCCUUGGAGCGGGCCCCGGUGGUCCCUAUGCCAGAGCGAUGAGAGGGGAAAUCACCUUAUCUCAGCUGGUUUCUGAGCUGGAAGAGGAUUGCAAGAAGUUUGCUGCCUCCUUGGGGAUGUCUCUCCCAGAAAAGUUCUCCGUAGCACACGUCUUUAAGGAUACCAUGGAAGGCGGAAAGCUCAAUACUGCUCUAUUGCAAGCAGCCGUCACUCUCAGGAACAACGGGUUCAAGACGUGUGUGCUCACGAAUAACUGGAUCGAUGAUGGCCCUCAGAAACACAUCAUGGCUCUGGCGCUCUCUCUGCUGAGACGGCAUUUCGACGAGGUCAUCGAGUCUUGCCGCAUCGGUCUGAAGAAGCCGGACCCUCAAAUUUACGAGUACACGCUGGGCCUGCUGAAGGCGAAACCGCAGGAGGUUAUUUUUCUGGAUGACAUCGGCGCGAACUUAAAGCCUGCCCGAGAAAUGGGAAUAGCCACCAUCCUUGUCCGGGACACUAAUGCUGCCCUGAAGGAGCUGCAGGAUCUGAGCGGUGUUCAGCUGCUUGACCAUGAAGACGCUCUGCCAGUUGCGUGUGACCCCGUGAACGUGACCCAUGGCUAUGUGCCAAUCAAGCCUGGAACCCAGCUACAUUUUGUCGAGAUGGGGAACGGCCCCGUCGUGUGCCUCUGCCAUGGUUUCCCCGAAUCCUGGUUCUCCUGGCGGUACCAGAUCCCUGCGUUGGCUGAGGCUGGCUUCCGGGUCCUUGCUUUGGAUAUGAAAGGCUAUGGAGAUUCCACCAGCCCCCCAGACAUAGAAGAAUAUUCCCAGGAAGCAAUAUGCAAGGAUCUUGUGGUUUUCCUGGACAAGCUGGGCAUUUCCCAGGCAACGUUCAUUGGUCAUGACUGGGGCGGCGUGGUGGUGUGGAACAUGUCCCUCUUCUACCCAGAGCGAGUCAGAGCGGUGGCUGGCCUGAACACGCCCUACAAACCCGCGAACCCCAAAGUGGAUGUCAUGGAGAUGCUCAAAGCCCGUCCGGUGUUUGACUAUCAGCUCUAUUUCCAGGAGCCGGUGAGUGCGAGCCGGAGAUGUUCUGUUCCCACUGGGCUGAGUGCAUACAGUCCAGGGGCUCUGUCCUCCUGCCUGCCAGGGAGGGGCAGCAGGACGUUCAGGAUCAUGAUCCGAUCCAUCCGGAAGGAGGACCACAUGCCUGUUCCACUCAAUGUCACCAAUGUCCAAGAGCGAGGAGGGCUUCUGGCUGGCUUGCCAGAAGACCCAGCUCCAAGCCAGAUCCUAGCGGAAGCAGAUCUCCAGUACUUCAUCCAGCAGUAUAAAAAGUGUGGCUUCAGGGCGCCACUGAACUGGUACCGGAACAUGCAAGCCAACUGGCUGUGGAGCCUCUCUGCAAAAGACAGGAAGAUCCUGGUGCCAGCUCUGAUGGUCACUGCUGGGAAGGACCUUGUUCUCCACCCGAAUAUGAGCAAGGGCAUGGAGGAGUGGAUUCCCCAGCUGACCCGGGCCCACAUCGAAGAGUGCGGACACUGGACACAGAUGGACAGGCCGGCUGCUCUGAAUCACAUCCUCAUCGAGUGGCUGGAGAAAGUUCACGACAAUUCUUUGCUGCAGAAGAUUUCGAAACUCUGAGUUUCCCCUCGACUUCCUGCUUCAUUGGACGCUCUUGCUGCUGGGGCGUGAGGGUGGCUCUGCCAGUUUUGCCCGACGGGGUGCAGCUGCACGCCGGAGGGGCUAGGUUUUGCCUCUGGGGUUUGGUUUUCCAGGUGUCCAGUGGGAAAGUUAGGGUAAGCUGGGCUCCGCUAGCCACAUCAAGCUGCAUAACGGCCCGCCUUUGUCCUUACAUCGCUGUGAGGGAUUUUAGCAUCUAACUCAGACUCUGGGCAGUUUUCCUGUGUGUGUUGUGAUGCAGAGGACACCAGUGUAUCCUGGCAAAUGCAGAGGCCGGGUCCAAAUCUCAAAGCUG